AUGGAUCUGCUGAAUGAGAGGACUGGAAAGCAAAACAAAGAAGAGGAGUUAGCUGGCACACCUCUUGCUCAAGCUCAUUCUCUUUGGACCACAGAUGCUAAGGGCUCAGUAAUACUGAGAAUAGAAGAAGGAUGUCCAGAGGAACCUGUUACAGUUCACCAAAUGUUCAAAGCCUCAGUUGAAAAAUAUGGAAACAUGUACGCACUUGCCAGCAAGAAAAAUGACAAAUGGGAAAAGAUCACUUUCUUAGAAUAUUAUCAACUCUGCCGCAGAGCAGCCAAGAGCUUUAUAAAGCUUGGUUUAAAGCGAUUCCAUGGAGUGGCAAUACUAGGAUUCAAUUCAGCAGAAUGGUUCUUCUCUGCAGUCGGAGCCAUCAUGGCAGGGGGAACAAUGACAGGAAUUUAUGCCACAAACUCACCUGAAGCUUGCCAAUAUGUGGCUAGUGACUCCAAAGCCAACAUUAUUGUGGUGGAAAACCAAAAGCAAUUGGAUAAAAUCCUGCAGAUACGUGAUAGUCUGCCCCACUUGAAAGCCAUAGUACAGUACAGUGGAUACCCCAUGGAGAAGAUCUCCAAUCUUUACUCUUGGGAGGAGUUCAUGGAGCUGGGUCUGGAAGUUUCUGAGAAAGAGCUGGAUGACAUCAUCGCCAGCCAGAGGGCCAACCAAUGCUGCGUCCUGAUCUACACCUCUGGCACCACCGGCAAGCCGAAGGGAGUCAUGCUCAGUCAAGACAAUAUCACAUGGACCGCCAAUCAUGCCAGCAGGGCCGGAGACUUGCAGCCAGCCGACACUAAACAGGAGUCACUAGUGAGCUACCUGCCUCUCAGCCACAUCGCCGCUCAGAUCUAUGAUCUCUGGGCAGGCAUCCAGUGGGGUGAGCUGGUAUACUUUGCACAGCCAGAUGCCUUAAAGGGAAGCCUGAUAACAACUCUGCGAGAAGUUUGUCCUACAUCCCACAUGGGUGUCCCACGGGUAUGGGAGAAAAUGAUGGAGAAAAUAAAACAGGCAAUUAGUGAGUGUGGAUAUGUGAAAAAGAAGCUGGUGACAUGGGCAAUGUCAGUCAGUCUGGAAGCCAAUCAAACAUGUACACAAAAGUAAGUGGUGAUGAAACUUAACUUUUAUGAUGAGAAACCAUUCCUCUUUACCAUUGCUGACAGCCUUGUGCUGCAGAGGCUUCGGGCUGAGCUGGGCCUGUCUUGCUGUCAGAAGUUUUUCUCUGGAGCAGCACCGAUCGGUAGUGAAACAGUGGAGUUUUUCCUUGGCCUGAAUAUCUGGUUGUAUGAGGCAUAUGGCAUGAGUGAGAGCACAGGACCUCACUUUAUGUCAGGUCCCAAAGCUUACAAACUACCAAGCUGUGGUAAAGUGGUGCCUGGCUGUCGAUACAAAAUGGCCAACAUAGACUCUGAGAAAGGCGAAAUUUGCUUUUGGGGACGUAACAUAUUCAUGGGUUACCUCAACAUGGAAGACAAAACAAGAGAAGCUUUGGAUGAAGAUGGGUGGCUGCAUUCUGGAGACCUAGGCAAGAUAGACGAAGAGGGUUUCUUGUACAUCACAGGGCGAAUAAAAGAGCUAAUCAUCACAGCUGGAGGGGAGAAUGUUCCCCCUCUUCCCAUAGAGGAAGCAGUGAAGAAGGAGCUACCUAUCAUCAGCAAUGCCAUGCUCAUUGGGGACAAGAGGAAAUUCUUGUCAAUGCUUUUAACACUGAAGUGUUGUAGCAAUAUAGAAACCAUGGAGCCAACAGAGGAGCUGAGUAUGGAGGCUGUGGAGCUUUGCCAACAGCUAGGAAGCCAAGCAACCAAGGUGUCUGACAUCAUUGGGGGAAAAGACAAAGACGUGUACCGGACCAUUCAAGAAGGAAUCAACAGGGUCAACGCUGCAGCCACCUCUAAUGCCCAGCGCAUACAAAAGUGGACUAUUCUAAGAAAGGACUUCUCUGUUUCUGGAGGAGAGCUGGGUCCCACAAUGAAGCUCCGUCGCCCUGUUGUGUUGGAGAUGUACCACGAGGUCAUUGAGAGCCUCUAUCAGGAGUAG